AUGGCUAUUAUAAUGCCAAUUUUGAAUAAUGUGUUAACAAAAGCCUGGAAACCCACCGGUACAGUGGUUAUUACAGAUCUAGGGGAUGGCUAUUAUAAUGCCAAUUUUCAGUUUCUCCGUGAUCUAGAAGCUAUGCUGCAAGGAACUCCAUGGUCUAUCAAAGAAGAUUUUAUGCUUAUUGAAAGAUGUAAAGAAGACUCUCUUCUUAAAGAUUAUGAUUUUAAGUAUGUUUGCUUCUGGAUUCAUGUAUACGGUUUACCCUUUAGUAUGCUGAAUCCAAGUAAAGUAUUAAACAUCAUUCAGAAUAUCGGAAAACCAGAUCCUAUUGAUACUACUAUGGCAGCUAAAUGGGGAAAAUACACUAGAGUACGAGUCCAAUUAGAUAUCACCAAGCCAUUACCGAAAGAUAUGAUCAUCACUCUCAAAUCAAAAAAGAAGAUCACUAUCCAUUUCAGAUAUGAAAAACUACCUCGGAUGUGUUUCUUUUGUGGUUUUUUUGGUCAUGUUAAAAAAACAAUAUCCUCAUCUGUCAAAAGCUUUGGAAGAAAUUCAAAAGUUGAGUCCUGA